CCCACAAUACGUCGUCAGUGCACGCCAUCUACAGGUCGCCGUGUUACCGUGACCCCCACACACGCUCCUUGGAUCCUAUGAGGAUGUGUAGAGAUCCUGAGCAUGAAUAAUGGGAAAGAAAAAACUUUACCUAUUCUCAAGAUUUUUAUACCAAAUCUUUUUCCUUCAGUACUGUUGUUACUACCAUCCAAAAGUUUAUAAAUUUCCUCAUUUGAGGGCUACAAGGUUCCCAAUAUGGAUUCCCUCCCAUCUACCUCAAAAAUAUUUCCUGAGGAUGUAAAACAUAACCUAUUGUGGUAUCAGCAUUCAGAUAUUGUUGAGACUGAGCAUUCUGCAUCCUCUGAUAGACCAGAUGUCAUUGCAUUUCCCUCACAUAAUCCAGAACAGUGGCAGUCUAACAAACCUCAACAUGAACAGAUGGAACCUUUUGACUUGUCAAUAACUAACUUUGAUCAGGAAUAUACAAUCAAAAAUAAAUUAGAAGAUCAGAAUCAGAAAUUUACAGAAAGGAACCCUCACCAGGGCCAUUAUGCACAGCUUGUAACUCCACCAAGCAAUGCCACAUCAGGGGAGGCACUUUGGGUAGACCAAAAUGCCCACACCCCAAUGACUGCCUGGUCUUCCCAGAAUAAAUUACCAUUAUCAGCUACAUCCUUCCUUCAGCCUCAACCAUCAUCGUCUUAUGACUCAGCUACAGCUGUGAUAACAACUUCAAAGCAGAUUCCAAAUAUCGUUCAGGGAGCUGAAAGAAGCAGUACAAAUAUUCAAAGUCAUUCUCUUUCCCAACCAAGUAAGCUUCAGCCUGCCCCAGCUGAGACUGCACUAGACACUCCUCUUUGUUUUCCAUCUCCAUCAUCAUCAAAUACAAGCCCCUUUGGGGUUUCACCCUCAAGUUAUGUAAAUACAGAUGGAAUCAGCAAGGAGGAUAGUGAACUUGUUGUGACUGGAGCUGAUGAACCAACCAUGGAAACAGAAUGUGCCGAAAUGCUAAAAAUUAAUAAUGGAAAAGAAGCCAAUUCUCAUGUAUUUUAUAAAGACUCUUCAUCCUUUGUUACUUCUGCUGCUUUUGACCAACAAUUUACAAACUCCUCGUGUGAGGGAUACGUGGUUCCUCAUACGGAUUCCCUCCCAUCUACUUCAAAAGGAUAUCCUGAGGAUGUAAUACACGGCUUUUCGUGGAAUCUACAUUCAGAAGGUGUUCAGAAUUAUCAUUCUACAUCUUUUGGUAGACCAGGAGAUGUCAGAGUGUUUCAGUCUACAAAUCCAAAACAAUACCAACAUGAACUGCAGGAACCUUUUGACAUACCAGUAAUAGAUCUUGAUCAGGAAGAAACAAACAAAGAUAAAUUAGAUAAAGAUCAGAAUCAGAAAUUCACAGAGAGGAACCCUCACCAGGGCCAUUAUGCACAGCUUGUAACUCCACCAAGCAAUGCCACAUCAGGGGAGGCGCUUUGGGUAGACCAAAAUGCCCACACCCCAAUGACUGCCUGGUCUUCCCAGAAUAAAUUACCAUUAUCAGCUACAUCCUUCCUUCAGCCUCAACCAUCAUCACUUUAUGACUCAAUUGCAACUGUCAUAACAUCAAAACAGAUACCAAACACUGUUCAGGGAGCUGAAAGAAGCAGUACAAACAUUCAAAAUCAUUUUGUUUUCCAGCCAGGUAAGCCUAAGUAUGAGACUGAACUUGGCACUCCUCUUUGUUUUCCAUCUCCAUCACCUGUAUCAACUACAGAAGAUCAAAUAAAUACAAGCCCGUAUGGCAUUUCACCUUCAAGUUAUGAUAAUACAAAUGGAAUCGGCAAGAAUGAUGGUGGAUGUACUGUGACUGGAACUUAUGAUCCAUCCAGGAAAACAAGUACAAGACAAGAAUUACAUAGAGAAGAAAGUGUAGAGAUGCAGAAUAUGAUUAAUGGGAAAGAAAAAAAUGAUGCCCAGUCUCCAGAAUUUUCUGCAGAUUCUUCUUCCUUUGGUACUUCUGCUAUGACUGACCCACAAAAUACAAAUGCUUCCUUUGAGAGUUAUGAAGUUCCGAAUAUAGAUUGUCUCCCAUCUGCCUCAAAGGGAUUUCCUGAGAAUGUAAAACAUUCUGAGACUGAUCAUGCUGCAUCUGCUGGUGGACCAGAUGUCAUUGGAUUUCCCUCAAUAAAUCCAGAGCAGUACCAAGUCAACAAACCUCAACAUGAGCAAACGGAACCUUUUGACUUAUCAAUAAAUGACCUUGAUCAGGAAGGUAAAAACAAAAAUAAGUUUGAUGGGGAUCAAAAGCUGAGAUUAUCAGAGGACUGUCACCAGGACCGACGUGCACAACUUGUAAAUCCGACAAGCAAUUCCACAUCAGGUGGAGCACUUGAACUAGAGCAAAAUGCACACAAUCCAAUAACUGCCUGGUCUUCCCAGAAUAAUUUGUCAUUAUCAGCUACAUCCCUCCUUCAGCUUCAGCCAUCAUCACCGUAUGACUCGACUGCAACUGUAAUAACUUCAAAGGAGAUACCAGAAACUAUUCAGAGAACUGAAGGAAGCAGUAUGAACAUUCAUAGUCAUUCUCUUUCCCAACAAAGUAGGCUUCAACCUGCCCCAACUGAGACUGCACUUGGCACUCCUCUUUGUUUUCCAUCUCCAUCAUCAGAAUCAACUUCAGAAGAUCAAACGAAUACAAGCCCAUUUGGGGUUUCACUUUCAAGUUAUGUUAAUACAGAUGGAAUCAUCAACAAAGAUGGUGGGCUUAAAAUGACUGUAGACAAUGACACAUCUGUAGAUGCUAAUACAAGAGAAGAAUCAAAUGGUGGAGAAGUUUCAGAAUAUAAUGAUAUGCAGAGAGUGAUUAGGGGGGAAGAAAGAAGUGACACAUAUUCUACAGCAUUUAAUACAGACUCUUCUUCUUCUGCUAUUUCUGCUAUUGACCAAUAUUUUAUAAAGUCCUCCUCCAAGGGUUAUAUUCCUGAUGUAAGCUCUCUCCAAUCAACCUCAAAAGAAGCAGAACAUAAUUUACAUUCAGAGAGUAUUGAGAAUAACCAUGCUACAAAGAAAAACCAAUUUGAUACAGAUCCAAACCAGAAAUUUUCUGAGGGGGCUCCUAACCAGGGCCAAAAUGCACAGCUUGUAACCCCACCAAGCAGUUCCACAUCAGGUGAGGUACUUGGUCUGGCCCAAAAUUCGUCCACCUCCUUACUUGAGCCUCAACCAGCUGUGAUAACAACUUCAAAGGAAAUGCCAACUACUGUUCAGGGGGAUGAAGGAAGCAAUACAAACAUUCAAAGUCAUUCUCUUUCCCAACAAAGUAAGCUUCAACCUGCCCCAACUGAGACUGCACUUGGCACUCCUCUUUGUUUCCCAUCUCCAUCAUCAGUAUCAACUACAGAAGAUCAAACGAAUACAAGCCCAUUUGGGGUUUCACCCUCAAGUUAUACAACUACAGAGGGAAUCAACAAAGAAUGUGGGCUUAAAGUGACUGUAGACAAUGACACAUCUGUAGAUGCUAACACAAGAGAAGAAUCAAAUAGAGAAGUUUCAGAAUAUAAUGAUAUGCAGAGAGUGAUUAGGGGGGAAGAAAGAAGUGACACAUAUUCUACAGCAUUUAAUACAGACUCUUCUUCUUCUGCUACUUCUGCUAUUGACCAAUAUUUUAUAAAGUCCUCCUCCAAGGGUUAUAUUCCUAAUGUAAGCUCUCUCCAGUCAACCUCAAAAGAAUUUCCAAAAGAAGCAGAACAUAAUUUACAUUCAGAGAGUAUUGAGAAUAACCAUGCUACAAACAAAAACCAAUUUGAUACAGAUCCAAACCAGAAAUUUUCUGAGGGGGCUCCUAACCAGGGCCAAAAUGCACAGCUUGUAACCCCACCAAGCAGUUCCACAUCAGGUGAGGUACUUGGUCUGGCCCAAAAUUCGGCCACCUCCUUACUUGAGCCUCAACCAUCAUCAGUUUAUGAGUCCUCUCCAGCUGUGAUAACAUCUUCAGAGGAAAUGCCAACUACUGUUCAGGGGGAUGAAGGAAGCAAUACAAACAUACAAAGUCAUUCUCUUUCCCAACCAAGCAAGCCUCAACCUGCCCCAACUGAGACUGCACUUGGCACUCCUAUUAGUUUUCCAUCUCCAUCAUCAGCUACAGAAGAUCAAAUGAAUACCAGCCCUUUUGGGGUUUCACCUUCAAGCUAUGUUAAUACAGAUGAAAUCAGCAAGGAGGAUAGUGGGAUCACUGAAACUGGAGCUGAUGACCCAUCCAUGGAAAGGAGUCCAAGACAAAAAUUAAAUAGAGAAGGUGUUUUAGAGCCCAUCCAAACUAAAAUAUUAAAGUAUAAAAAUGGCAGGAAAAGAAUGUUUAUGGUUUUACAAAGAUCUUCUUUUGAAUUAAUGAAAGAUAAAGGACUCAUUCAACCAGUAAAGGCAUUUCCAAAUGGACAAAUCAUGCCAGUCACAAAAGAUGAAAUAGAAUGUUCAAAAACUUUGUUGCCACCCACACAUCAGCCAGAGGAUAUAGAGAAAAUACAAUAUAAAUCCAUCACUCAACUGGAAGAUCUGGAAGAACUGCCAGAUUCUUUGGAAGAUAUUCGAAAACUACCAACACCGAGCAGUUACGAAUCUCAACAUCCCCUCCAAGCUCCUCAAAGGUCCUUCAGUCCAUUCACACUAGAAUGGUCUGACAACUCAUUCCUUACACCUACUAUAAAACAAACUCCUGUUGUUGUAUCUUGGUCGGCUACAAGCGUGACCGAUUCCCCGGCACUUACUUUCACCAUUCAGCUGCCAAGCAAAAUUAAUAAUUCUUCAUUCACAUUACACUCUGCCUCUAUCAAUAGCAAACAAAGCAACAUUCUUCCUUCAGUUGCUUCAAACAAUUAUGCUUUACCACCCAGAUCCACGAUCAGACCGCAACUUUCAACAGAGAUCCCUAGCACUUCUUCAUUGCCUCUUGCACCAUAUACAAACCAACCACCCAGCAUAGAUGCACAAGAUCUUUCUCAAAUGCAUGACAUGUACCCACCUUCCCCGAGUACUUUUGAUGAAUGGGAUCAAGAUGUGAGUCACUACAGUUCUAAGGAAUCAAAAGUAUUAAAGAUCAGUGAUAAAGGUAUUAGCGAAAGACAAAAUCUUGUCAGGAAGAAUAUUCUUUGGUUGCCAAAUAAGGAAGGCACCUCAGAGUUAAUGGAGGAGGACGUAAAGCAGUUGGCUGAGAAUGCAAGGAGUCAUUAUAAAGACUUUGAAGCAACAAAACUUCAGUUAAAGAAAAAAUACAACCGUUUGUUAAGUAAACACAGCCAAAAAUAUAAUGGACUUCUUAAAAAGUAUAGACACCUUGAAAGGACUUGUGACAUUGUUGAAGAUGCCGGCAGUAGAGAACAAAUACUCAGAGAUGCUAAGAAGUUCCUUUCAGAAGAACAUGCUAUGUUCUUGGAAAGCCAGAUGUUCUUGAAAAACAGAGCAGGGAAAGGCAAUAGGUUCUCUAAGAAAUUCUUGAAGUAUGUCAUAGGCUUAUACGAGCGUAGUCCAGCCGGAUAUAGAUUUUUAAGGACUAUAUUUACUAUGCCAUCUGUCAGAACUAUCCACAAAUGGCAGAAUCACUCUUACCAAAAUGCUGAAACAGGUAUGGUUAACCAGGACAAAGUAAUGGAAAUGUCAGGAACCUAUGGAGAUAUUGAAUCAUUUGCAGACAUGUUGCAGAUGGGACCAAUGACUUCAGGCAACGAGCAAACUGAAAUGAGCAACGCUGAAAGUUUCCAAGAACUGAUCAAUGUCCCCCCAACAGAUUUUUAUGAAAAUAAUGAUGCUCUAUUUUGGGAUGAUUCUCAAGUAGGUUUUGAGGUUCCUCAGCAAUUUGUACAACCACAAGAACAAGCAGUACAAAGUGGAUGUGAAGUGGAAUAUAUUCAAAAUGUAGAUGAUGCAUAUAUGCUGACCCAGUUGUAAAAUCAAAUCAUUUCAUUGUGAUAAAGCUCUGACUAUUCUUUUUCUACACACAUUUUAAAACCAGCCAGUCAUCAAUAUAAAAUGUUCCAUAUUAAUCCAGAUGCCUGAUAUUUUAUUUUACUCGCAGUACAAGCAUCUUUGUAUAUCUAAAAGAAGUGAUAAAUGCUCAAUUAUAUUUACUCUCCUCCAAUACCAGCAAACAGCUCAUAAGUGAAAUUACAAGCACAAACACUGUGCAUACCAAGUAUUUAGUGAAGGCAGUAUAUGUGACAAGUGAACUGAAAUCCAAAAUAUUGAUGAAGUUAAGCACAUCAGGAGUAGAUUUCUUCAAUUACUUUUGUUUUAUGUAAUUUAAACAAUGAUUAAAUGCUACCUGCAUUA